CGCACUCGCCAAAGUCGCCGGUGUCUUUCGAACGAGUCGAAUAAUCUGAUGAUCGAAUAACACCGGGUACACAAUAUCCCUUUCUCCGGCGCUCCGCGUAAAAGAAAAGGAAAUAGAUCUAUCAGUUCCUCUCGAGCGUUUCGGCCGGUCCCAACGUGGGAGAGCCGUCAGCGAAGAAGAGGAACGCGCUCGAGGACACGCGGCAGGAACAAGUCACAAGUGCCAAGUGUGUGUGCCAAUAGGAUUAUAUCGAACUGCCCGCUGCAUCACGAAGAGGAAAAGAGAGAGGACACGCACAUAAUGGAGAGGACGUGGCGGAAUAUACGGAAGACGGCCUUUCUCUUAUCGCUGCCUUUACUAUUGGCCGGUGUACGGAGUGAAGCACCGUUGGUUGACAGCAGCGCGUUGCCUUUGGAACACAGAUCUGUCUAUGGAGCUCCGGCUCAGUACGGGCCACCGGCCGCCAACGAGGAGAAUUGGCCGUUGGCGUCACCCGACACCCCGCAGAUCAAGCACCUGCAGGUGCAGUGCGAGAAGACACACAUGCGGGUGAACAUUGAAUUCGAUCGACCGUUCUACGGUAUGAUCUUCAGCAAGGGCUUCUACUCGGAUCCGCACUGCGUCCAUCUGAAACCCGGCACCGGCCAUUUGAGCGCGACCUUCGAAAUUUUCCUCAACUCGUGCGGCAUGAGCUCGUCGGCGAAUCACAACGUGGCUGCCUACGGCGCCCCGACGCCGUCCGGCAGCUACGUGGAAAAUACAAUCAUCGUGCAAUACGAUCCGUACGUGCAGGAGGUGUGGGACCAGGCGAGGAAGCUGCGUUGUACUUGGUACGACUUCUACGAGAAGGCGGUCACCUUCAGGCCAUUCCAGGUCGACAUGCUGCACGCCGUCACCGCCAACUUCCUCGGCGACAACUUGCAGUGUUGGAUGCAGAUACAGGUCGGCAGAGGUCCCUGGGCCAGCGAGGUGUCCGGCAUCGUCAAGAUCGGUCAGACCAUGACGAUGGUGCUGGCUAUCAAGGACGACGAGAAUAAGUUCGACAUGCUGGUGAGGAAUUGCGUCGCUCACGACGGCAAGAGGGCGCCAAUUCAGUUGGUCGAUCAAUAUGGUUGCGUGGUCAGGCCGAAGAUAAUGUCCAGGUUCCAAAAGAUCAAGAACUUCGGGCCGAGCGCGUCGGUCGUUAGCUUCGCCUACUUCCAGGCCUUCAAGUUCCCUGACAGCAUGAACGUCCACUUCCAGUGCGUGAUUCAAGUCUGCCGGUACAAUUGUCCCGAGCCCAAGUGUGGACAUCCUGGUCUCGAGUACGGCGCACCUGUCGGUGGUGGCAUUACUCACGAAUACGGCGCACCGGUCUCGCAAGGUCUUUCUUCGGAGUACGGUGCCCCGCCUGUGCCCGAAUAUGGCGUACCGCCGGCUUAUCCUGAUCCGCGACAUCCCAGCGGACCGGCCGGAGCGUACAGCGAGCCGAAUCCGGACGUGGUUCCGGCGCCACAAGCGCAGACCUCGUCCUCCUCGCCCAGCUCGACGCCGGGUGACGCUACGGCCAGCAGCUCAUCCCAAAGUCCCCAGGAUAAUAUCCACCUCCCGCCGCCUCCUUUGCCCGGCCAUUCGGCGGCGUACCAGACUGUAAAGCGAAAAGGAACGGCUGGCACGGAGGAGCUUGAGGGUAAUCUGGCUAUCCUCGGAGGUCGACCGAGAUCGGUCGAAGGUUUCCCGGCUGAGCUCAGAGGCGCUAGGAGGCGGAGGCACGACGAGCCGCACGAGCUCGAAGACGAUGAUAGCAAUAUCUAUCAUACGGUGACCCUGUUCUCCACCCACGUGUACAAACGAGCGGCGCAGGAGAUGACGGACGUCAACACCUCGAGGGUCAUCCAGGUGGUCGCGCCGGGCGACGUCAACUUCGCGCUCGGCACAAACAACUCCAGCAACGACACCACCGUGGUCAUACAGAACUCCAGCGCGUCCUCCGACCCGGAGACGAUCUGCAUGAGCCUGCCAGGCUUCGUGGGCGGCUUGGUGAUGCUGCUGCUGGUCGUCGUCGUGGCCUCCCUCGUCGCGGCCUUCCUCUUCGUCAGGGUGCGCGCCGUGGACCGCAAGAACGCCGCGAUAGGCGGCAACAGCUUCGUUCAUCCGGUGUACGCGACCGAGAAUUGCAGCGUGCCGAACCCGGAGUUCGUCAAAGUCGCCAACUGAAGAGGCGUGUACGGUGCGCAAAAUCAAAAAGACUCGCCGCAGAAGAGAAGGUAGAGAUCCCCCCUCCGGAGGAUCGUCGACCUCGACGACGGGCGAAAUGCUUCGGGACCGACGCUAUCUCAUUCGAAACGAAACUCGUGACACGACCACACGUCGGAGAUUCUCCUCGUCGAAAGUCGCGCAACCACGUUUCUCUCCUCUCUCUCUCUCUCUUUCUCUCACCUCUUUCAUCGUGCUAGCCGGUAGCUUCGUGUCUAGUCUAGUCGCGUCAAUCCGCGCUCGUCGAAUCGAGAGAGACAACGACUAGAGAUCGAUAUCGAUUGAGAGGGCGCGAAUUCGUUCCAAUGACGAAGGACGAGGGGGAUCUUCGAGUAGAGCGUGUAAAUAAGAGGCCCGGAAGACACGAGCGAGUGGCGAGGAAGUGGCGAAACGGAGGGGAGAGGAAGGUAAACGGGGGGGAAAAGGAGCCACUGACGCGUGUUCCACCGAUCGUCCACCGGUCGGAAUCAGCUUUUUUUUUCUACCAAAUCAUCGCGAUCGAUGGAGCGCGCGCCACAGUGAUGAAUAUCGCGAGUCGAUCUCCGUUGACGCUUCGUGAUCACCGCGGCAAUCGUUACCGCGUAGCAAUCAACGUAAUUUCCACGUCACGACGAUUACUCGGCGGUCCGGCCGACGACAGCUCGGUAUCAGGGAGCGAGAGAUCGAUCGCGCAAUCGCCAGAGUAGUCUCUAAGGAGGGCAUUGUAAAUAAGCCGCGCAGGUAGUCAGACGGCCCUUCGGGACCCGCUUCAGGUCUCGCGUCUCUCCGAUCACCGUGUGUACGCGCUAUUAUUUAUACACGCAUCGUAUACUUGAACGAGUGUUUCUUCUCAUCGCCUUCGUUGUACCUCAUCGCGUUUCCGCCGUGCCCUAUCGCGCUGGCGACCUCCGCGGAGAACCGCGGAGCGCGAGCUCGCGUCGCGACGCUCGACGUCAUACGCCGACGUCGACGGCGGUGCUCGGUGGUACCGUUAUUUCGCGUUCUUAAGUCUCAAGCGGUUCACCGAGCGUUCCCGGUAAACAUGUUUGUCCCGAAAUUGGGCUGCGGAGUCGUCUAAACGCGACCGCUCGUCCUCUGAAAGUUUAAUUUAGGGCGGGAAAUCGACCGUGGGACGAGGAGCCCUCGCUAAGCCGCUUAAGAUGCAACGAGAAGACUCUAUUUAUUAUAUCUCCCUCUCUAUCCCCUUUUCUAACUCUGCAUCCUGAUCGACCUAACUUAAUUUAUUGAUCAAAAUUGUACGACUUAUUACCCUUUCUCUACUUCGCUUAGUACUUAGGAUAUCCGUCGAGGAAUAUUCCCGGAAUUUGGGAAUAUGUUUUACGUAUGUGUUUUAAGCACACACACACACACACACACACACACACAUGCAUUAAUACAUGCAUACAUACAGAAACGUUCACACAGAUCGACACAUACAUGUACACGCGAAACGUAUGAAAUUACACAUGCAAUGCGCGAAAUGUGUUGUAUACGUUAUUAUACCAGCGCGAAAAAUGUAUCCACAAAACAUCCGUUACAAUUAAUUGUUUGAGAAUUAUUUUAAUUACAUGAUCAUUUUUAUUUAUAUAAAUCUGCGCGUUCCGCUUUUUCUUGACCAUUCUUCCCACGUUUGAAACAGUAAGUGAAAAGUAUCAAAGUUCCAGAGUACUUUGUAUUUGUCUCUUCA